UAAUUCUCGUCUUCCUUGUAACGGGGAUUCGCGUCGCCGCAAAUUCAACGUUUCCUAGCAUUGAGCUACAGUUGUCGCGAAUGAAAACGUAACAAAUCUCGACCGUUUCAAUCCACCUACGAAGUAUUAGAUGUUAUCAGUAACGACGAGUACAAACAGCUGGAUGGAUUGGCUGAGUUACAACGUGAUUUAGCCUAUCGCGUUCAAUAUCAAAAGAUUUUAUCUAGCGGUUACACAUCUUAGGAGAUGUUCAUUAGUCGACACUUAAUGAUCGUCGCAGGUGUAUUAAUUGCCGGCGAUUCUUACAGCUGAACUAAAGUUGACUAAUUUUAACGAAUCGGGAAAUGUAUUGAGAUAGUUGAGUGAAAAUUCUGUACAGUGAAAAGAACGUUGAUAUGAUGGCUUCAAAAUUCAGACAGCAAAUUUUCAAAAAUAUCAUUUCUUUCGGUCAAGUAUUUUCCAGUAGAGGAUCGAGUCAGUGCAUGACUUAAUUUUUCAUUGUUACACGGAUCCGUCGGUUUAUGUAAAAUCACUCACGUGCUACAGUGUCGACGGAUUUAUUAAAAUGUUAUUGUUCUUUUUGUUCAAAUUUUUUUCAUAAAUUUUCAAUAAUCGUGAAUAUGCGACUACGACACGGAGUUGUAAGCUCAAAGUAAAUAAAAGCUUAUAGGUCAGUGCGAAGAGACGAAGAUACUCGACAGUAAAUAGUAUACAAUAAUUUCGAGGAGCGAGACGAAUGAAUUAUAGGUAUACCUAUAACUGGGAUAAAAAGAUGCUGUGAAAAGAUGAAGAGAAAUUUCAAUGAAAUUUGGUGCGGAAUGACGACGGUUCAUUGCUAUAGUUUUCGUGUUAACAAUCAACGGAUCUUGCACGACGUCUUGCAAUUAGUCGGCCCGAUUCGGACCCUAUAGUAUAACUGUAUGAAGUUCAACUCAAGUUUAAAGAUCUUGGUGUUUUCAACUCUUGCAAUCUAUCUUUUACAGUACCCCCCGAGAUAUUUGCAGUAAUUUAUCACCUGCUAAACGGCGAGGAUUCAAACUUUAUCAUCGCACCGAAACGAUUCACUUUGAGGAAAGUUUAAGGUGUUAAAAAAAAAAAAACGAGAAAAACAAAAUUAAAGAAGAAAAUUGACUCCGGAGUUGUUGGUUUUUGGUUUCACGUGCAACGAUGUUGGAUUCCGACGUUACGGAUCUUUCAGUAUAUCCGGAAUUGUUGAAUUUAACGGAAAGUGAACUGCUGGAAACUGUCCUGGGACCUAAACAUUUGCCGCUGAAAGUAAUUUUGCCCCUGACCCUGGCUUACGUUACUAUAUUUGUCACCGGUGUAUUUGGCAAUGUGGUAACGUGUUUAGUGAUUGCCAAAAAUCCUGCAAUGCGAACUGCCACGAAUUACUAUCUUUUCAGCUUGGCCAUCUCCGAUCUGAGCUUGCUUCUAUUGGGCUUACCAAACGAGCUCAGCGUGUUCUGGCAGCAGUAUCCAUGGGCACUGGGUGUCGGAUUAUGUAAAAUUAGAUCUUACGUCUCCGAACUGUCAUCCUACGUUUCGGUUCUGACGAUAGUCGCCUUCUCGAUGGAACGAUAUCUGGCAAUUUGUCACCCGUUACAUCUCUACGCCAUGAGUGGAUUGAAGAGACCGAUUCGUUUCAUCGUGGCAGCUUGGUCGGUGGCAAUCGUCUGCGCCAUUCCGUUUGCCGUUUACCCGACAGUCCACUACGUCGACUAUCCCAUAGGUUCCGGACACCAUUCUGAAAACUCUGCGAUCUGUGCGAUGCUUCUGCACAGCAUGCCGAAGUUUCCCCUUUAUGAAAUGAGCUGUAUCGUCUUCUUCCUGGUACCCAUGGCAGUGAUCCUCGUCCUUUACGCUAGAAUGGGACUCAAAAUUCGAAGGAGCACUCGAAACACCCUCGGGCCAAUCGUCGACGGCUAUGUACACGGGGAAUCACGCCAAAUACAGUCUCGAAAAGCGGUUAUCAGGAUGCUGAGUGCUGUCGUUGUCAUGUUUUUCAUUUGCUGGGCUCCGUUUCACGCCCAACGACUUCUGUACGUCUACGGUCAGGACUCCGAUUACUAUCCGGACAUAAACGAAUGGUUUUUCACAGUGGGCGGAUGCCUGUAUUAUUUCAGUACAACGGUGAACCCUAUUCUCUACAACGUGAUGAGCGCAAAAUACAGAGGAGCUUUUAAAAAGCUCCUGCUUUGCUCUCCGCAAGGAGGAAUCGGUCCUACGCGAGACGCGAGCAGCUUUCGUGAGACUUCCCUUUGCCAAUGCGAUUCGAGGGAUAAUGGGAUUCAACCGUUGCAAAUAAGAAGUCCCAAGUAUCGUUCCGUGAGAUGCACGAUCGAUCACGCGAAAGAAAUUUUGAGCACUCCUGGCAGAGUCUACGGUAAUAAAGAUGCAAUUAAUAGUGGCUCGCCUCGAUCAAGGUUGCUGAAAGUCGAUCAAAACGGAGUGAGGACGCCUCUUCUCGAUAACCGAUCUUCGAUUACCCCUAACGAAACUGGACGGCGUCCGUUGGAACCUUGCGAUUCAACAGCGAGCAGCAAUUUGUGAUCGAAUUAUGAUCGUCGAUUCUAUACAAAUAAAUGACCAAAGAUCACAUCAUCUAAUAAUUGAACCGCUCGUCUUCGUAUCGGACGUUUUUUUUUUUUAAGUAUAUUAAUUAUUUAAAUCAGUUCAGAUAUUUUUGAUCGCUUUAUCUGAUUAAUUAUCGUUGUACGAACGAAACUUCUGUGUCAACGGAAUUGUAAUUCUCAUUAAAAUGUUGUAAUUUACCUCGGAUUUCCUUGCCUGUUACAAAAAAAUGAAUAAACCAUCUAACUUGAA